ACAGUCGGUUCUUUCUAGGCCAGGGUGCAGCGCGCGCGGCGGGCGGCGCGCGGCGCGCAGAGCGCAGGGCGCAUCAACGUACUCACACUACGUCCAGAUUUGAUUGUCGGAUGUUGCAACAGCCUGCGAUCCGGCAACCCUUCGUACACCCGCCCAUCUCCGCCACGUACAGUCGGCCAGCCGAUUCAAGUACCUUGUUCCGCUGUCGUUAAUUCGUAACCGCGUAACCUGCGAAUCGUCGAACAACUAUAACCUCGUUCGAAACGAUCCUCGAACAAGUCUUCGCAUUCGAAAACUCUCGAAUCCAAAUUGAUUUUAUAGCUCGAAAGGAUAUUUCAAUCGUCGACGUUUUUCCACUUGGCUGUUUCGCGCGCCCACUCUUUAUCCUACUGAUUCGCGAAAUUAAUCAAAUUCUCGGUUCGUAAAGCGAGAACGCGGUUGCGAGAACGUUGCCCGUCCGAUUCGAAUCUAGGGAGGAGGCAUUAUCAAUAUUUCGAAUAAACGAUUUCGCGGGUCAAUACAAUUCCGUCGAAGCUGGCUGAACAUGGCCGAAUGAAACUCCGCUUUCGUCCAGAGUACAGUCGCCCUUUCAAAUUAUUCGUUGUAAUCGCGUUUGCUUCAAGGACAACUCCUAUUGCGAAUCACUCGCGAUUCGAACGAAUGCGAUCGAUCUGCGGCGAAAUCGGCGUCGAUUCGACGAAAUCUUUCCAAUUCCGUCGGACCUUUCGUCGCGAAACGGAACGGUCACGUGACUAAUUUUUCGUUGGACAUAACCUUUUUAUCGACCGUACCUUUACUUCUCGUAUGUUUACAGUCGGAUGAUUCGAAAGCUCCGAAGAAAGAAUGACUGUUGCUUCGGACAAAUGCAGCAUAUUUACGGAUUAUGCGUUUCGCUUCGUACCCCAUUCAGUCUCGUUUCGUUUCGUCAUGCUCGUACGAAACGAAUUUGAUGGAUUCGACCGAGGCGAAAAGAUUUUGGCGGACUGUACGCUCGACGAUAUGGUACAGUCCACUGUGUUAGUAUUGACGAAAGCCGACCCGUUCUUACGAAACUUUUCGAGAGAAAAUUACCGUUUCGGGUCUUAAACGACGAUCUUUACGACUCGACGAGAACUUUUAAAAUGUCUUUCGUCGAAAGCGGAUUACUCUGGAACAAUGUUUAAAUGGAUGUUACAAGUUUACGAGGAACCAAGCGUGGACAAAAGAACAUCGAUGGACUGUACAGCCGAAGUUGUAUUGACUACAGUGUUUUCCUCGAGUAAAUGCAUUUUGGCCGAAACGAAACGUAUAAAGUGUCUCCGCGGAAGAAACGUAAACUCGCGUUUACGCGUUUUCACGCCGAUUAAACGAUUAUCGAAGGAAGAAAGCUAACGAAACGAAUUUUUCCACCAAAAUCGAGCAUGAUAAAUCAGCCAAUUCCAUUCCCUCGACGCCACAAGUUCUUCGGCUUUCCCAAAGUAUCUAACAUCGCGUAAUGUCAAAAGCGAAGAAAAAACAAUACCAUUUCAAAAGUGUUUACAGUUCCCAGUGAAACUUAAAUUGUUAAGUAAGAUGCUUUGGUGGAUCAUUCCAGUUCGAAGAUUUCGCGACAGACGGAAAAAUCAAAUAAAAAUGGGAAAAACAAGAGGAGUGCACGAGACUACACCAGAAUUAAGAAAUCGUAUGGUAGGAAUGUACGAAGCCGGUCUAGGCUUGAGAGAAAUCGCGGCGGCUGUCAAUUGUUCUCAACGUACCGUAAAGAGAUGGUUAAACAGAUUCGACAAAGAAGGCACUGUGGAAACACGAGAACGAUGUGGACGUAAACGGGCCACGACGGUUGAACAAGAUGAAGCGAUAGUAAAGUUAGCUAUACAGACACCGAUUACGGCUGCGAAAGCUGUACUUCCAGCUUUGGGACUUACCUGUUCGGUCGAUACGAUAAGGGAAAGGCUACACAAGGCUGGUAUACAUAACUGGAGUCCAUCGAGAAAAUAUAUGCAAGGAAUUCCACUUGGAGAUGCAGGUGGUGCCGCUAUUCAACAACCUGUAUGGAGGCCCACUGGAACACAGUUAGGAAAAAAAAAGUUUUCCAAAGAUUCUGGCAAGAGCGAUAAGAAUGGCACUGUUAAAAAGGAACAUUCUCCUCGAAAAGUCAAGGGCAAAGAUGUGUACAUCGUGGAUGUUACACUCAUAGAAAAUGCAAAAGACGCGAACGAACAGCAACAAUUUGUAUUCUCACAACAAAAUGCUCCUCAACCGCAAACUAGUAAUAUUCAAGCGCCGUCCCAAUCCUUACCUCCGAGCCAAACGGAAUUCGGUGAUCCAUUAAGUCUUGUACAACAAACGCAUCCCGUUUAUCAACAUCCCGGUUUGAAUGUUUCUCAAAGUUGGCCGCUAGAUUUAGUGCAAGGAACGCAUCAUUAUCCACAGGGUCAAACUGAUGCGAUACCCCAUGAACAAGCAUUACCGCAACAACUUCAAGAAUUACGUACUCGACAAGAGCAACAACAGCAUCAUAUACAACAAGUACAACAGACAAUUCCGGAUGAAGUGCAUAAUCUGGAUCAUCAACAGCAACGGCAACUCGACGUAGUUUGUCGAGUUCAACACCAACAGCAACAACAACAACAGCAGCAGCAGCAGCAGCAGCAGCAGCAGCAGCAGCAGCAGCAGCAGCAGCAACAGCAGCAGCAACAGCAACAUCAUCAGGACCAUUUACAUUCGCAAAUUGUUCAUUUGCAAACUAAUGCAAACCUAAAUUCUGACAGUUCAAGUACCUGUGGUUCUCAAGAGAACGAUCAGCCUUCCAGUGAGGAAUCUAACCAGAAGAAACGCUCGUCGAAAGAAUGUAAUGAAAAAAGUGACGCGCAAGAACGAAAAAAGAAAGGCGGGAAAGCGAAAGGGACACUGGAAACAAGCGUCGAAAUUCGAAAUCGUAUGAUUGGCAUGUCCGAAGCUGGCUUGUCGACAUUGUCAAUCGCGCUCGCAAUCGACAGAUCGGAACGUACCGUUAAAAGAUGGUUAGAACGUUGGCACAAGGAAGGUAAUGUACAAACGAAGGAAAGGAAAGGUCGUCGUCGAAUUACAACCAAAGAAGAAGACGAAGCUAUCAUUGCAAUGGCUACUCAGCAGCCUUUGACCGCAGCUAAACACGUUGCGCCCGCUCUUGGAUUGAAAUGUAGCGUAGACACCAUCAGAGAACGGCUUCAUAAAGCUGGAAUUCAUAGUUGGAAACUCGGAAAGAAACAAGGAGAAGGAAAUACUGUUCAUACGGUACACCUAUGGCAACCUAGCGGAAAUCGGCCAAAUAAACCGAAAAUCCUCGGUGAAAAGAAAAAGAAGCUGAACGGUAAUAAGAAACGCGAUCAAAUGUCGGGUAGCACGCAAAAGCGAACGUCCACCAAGAAGAGAAAAACGGAGUCUACCGUGAUAAAGAUGGUUGCACCACCGACAACUAUGAUACUGGAAACAGCUUUGCCUUUUCAUAAUCCAACGACAAUGGCAAACUAUGUUUCAGGUCCUAAUAUAAUGCAGCCCGUUCACAAUAUUCCUACAGCUGUUCCUAGUCUUGUCCCGUCACAACCACCGCCACCGGGUCCCCCACCAGACCCUCAAACGAUGCAACCAAUGGGUCCUAUGAUGCAACAAAGGCCAGAUUGUCGGUUAGCACCGAGCAUCGUGCCACCAGUUUCGGGGCAAGGAAACACCGGUGGAGUUGCGUAUGCAUCGUGCAUGAUUGGAAGUAAUAAUCACACUGGACACGGUAUGGAACAACCAGAUCCUCUCAAUUAUGAGCCCUACAUAUGGAGUUUCUAAGUGUCGAACAUUUUCAAACGCCUAGAAUUAAAAGGCAACCGUUGCGGUUUCAUACGGGCCUGGUUUUAUGGUAGGAAAUUUCGAUUUUCGUUCCGUUCGAGAUGUCCCUGCCAUAAACCAGGAAAAUUUUCACGCAGCGGGGAGGAUCGCUCGCGGGGACAUUGUGCACUCGCGCAUGGGCUCGAAGUAGCUCGGGGACUUCUCGCCGUUCCGAGAUUUCCUGGGCUCUCCCCGUAAAAUACUCGCCGGCUUUUUGCACCCACUCCUCGGUCGUUCCCCUUCCAAAAUCAUCGGGGAAGGGAGCGACAUUCGUUUUCCUCAGGGGUGCAAGAACGCCGGUGAGACGAGUCACCUUCGAACGUUCGGUCAGGACACUUCGGGUCAUCUUCUACCUAUCGGGACUCGAAUUCGAAACGUCUUGUUGUUGUGAACGGUUCGCGGGAACCGUUGGUUGUAAAAUAAACUCGUCCACGAAAAUGGCUUGUUUUUGUCCUUCCCGUAAAGGAAGGUGGUCCCUCGCGUCUAUCGUGGAAUUAGUUUGGCACGCCGUAGUGCAAACACGUCGAGCUCUCGACGAAUUUCAAAUCUACCACGAGCCUCGACACCAACAUUUUUCCAUUUUCAAACAAUUCAUGAUAGUUGAUUGGAGAAACAUGUCGAUUUACUUACAAAGUAAACUAUGAUUUUAUCUUAGUUAAUUUAAUCAAUCAAAUUCGUCGAUUUUAAAAAUUGACGAUUUGGAUGGAGAGAUAUAUUGAUUAAUAAAUUUAGUUGAACGUGAAAAAAUACGUUAACACUAUGAAACACGUACAUACAUACACACGUAUAAAUAAAUAAAUAAAUAAAUAAAUAAAUAAAUGCAGUCAAGAAUAUACAUAUAUUGUCGAGAAUAAAAAAAAUUAUACAACGUUUAUUUUGCUAUCAUGUAUUUUAUCUUCGGAUCGUCACUUAAAAUAUCGCAAUGUCAAUAGUAACGUAAUAAUUAAAGUGAACAAUGUGAAACCAAACAUUUUAUAUGACAUUUUCAUUAAGUUUAUAUUGUACAAAUUUUAAAUGUGAAAAACCACGAUCAAACGAGUAAGCGCAAGUACAGCGCUGUUAAUACAAACAUGUAACCUUGUGAGAUCUGUAAUUUCUGCCAUUUCUUUCUCCGCCUUCGCAUAUGAAAAGUAUUUUUCUAGUCCAGUUUAAUUCCCAGUUUCAUGCUAAAUCCAAAGCCUGAUAAUACUACUUCCAUCAUGGUUACUCUCUGCUCUGUAAUCUUUCCCAUCACGUAAGUUCCAAUAUACGUGAAGCAUUCCUUAAUACAUCAUCUGGAUUAUUUUUAUAAAACAUAAAGAUUCCUUGAAUUUGUGCUGGACUGAUGUUUCUCUUCUGCGAUAGUACGUUUUCUGCGAAUGCUUUAGCUAAUUCGUUUGCUUUGCUUCCAUUAUUUUUAUAAAAUCUUAAAAACAUCUGUUCGAUUUGUGUAGCGCUACACCAGCCUGAAAAAAAUAUGUACAUGUAUAGUCAAGUACAUGAUGCUAGUGCAUAAUGUUUCUCUUGUUUGGAUACAACGGCAUUCAAUUGUAUUUUCGUACCUAUAUAUUCCUUUACGUCUACCCGUCCCGGUCUAACUAACGCGGGAUCUAGUCUUUCCAAAUAGUUGGUUGUCAUAAACAAAAUUCUCGCUUCCGUGGAAGCAACGCCAUCCAAACAAUUCAAUAAACCGCUGAAUGUUACUCUGUUUAAGCCUUCGUACGCAGAUUUCACUAUAAUAAAAUACACAGAUGAGUUACAUAAUUGCAGAAACACCAUCCAUCCAUAGUUUAAGUUCAUACUUUACCCUCUUUAGUCUCUUCUCUACUGGUAAAAGCGGCAUCGAUAUCUUCCAAAAGUAUAAUGGUCUGCUGUGGAGCCAUAGCUAAUAAAUGAUUUAAUCUAUCAUCCGUUAAGCCUCGUUCCGACAAGUUUAACACACAAAUACCCCGUUCUAAUUCUCCAGCCAAAGCGGUA